GUCGGAAAUUUUUCUUUGGUUCGAGUUACUGGCACUGCGUCUCAUUUUACAAAUUUACAGCCUAGGGUAGCAACGCCAUGGUUACCACGUGACGCCGUGGCCUCCAUAGUUUGUACACACAUGCUUAUCGGCAUCGCGCCGAUCGAUCGUUAGCUUUAAUUUUCCCUUCGAUUCCUAAACGGUUUAACCUUAAUCUCUACGAGAAGCUUCUUGAGCUGAAAAGUUCUCGUCUCGACAAUUGAUCGGAUACAUUUUCCUCCAUAACAAACAUGUACGAAGACGUAGCUUUAAUGGUAUGAGUACUCCGUCGCAAUAAGCGAGAGUCGGUUUACGGAUGCCUAGAAAAACAAGCGGUUAGACCCACCCCUGUCCAGUAGAACAGAUUAAAAGGAACGUUAUGUAUCGAGAAAGACGCAAAUCCGUUAUCAAAUGGAUAGCUAAACUCCGUUCGAGUUCGCGUCUGCGUCUACAUAUUUUUAUCGGACCACUGUUAACACAUUGCUAACUAAAAAAAUAUGCUUCACGAGUACCAGACAUGUCCUCGACGUUUCAAUGUUACAUGUCACGUAACAGUUUAAGUUUCACCAUUCGAUUAGACGCAGAAAAUUUCUUGAUCUUCGAAGAAUGCACUGCGCGGUUAAGUAUCGCCACACCUCGUCUAGUCAAAGGACAAUCAGUAAGAAACCAGCAAUGAUGUGUUUCACGUUACUCCUGCUGUUCUCGAUUCAACUUUUCCCGUCGAUUUCCACCGAGUACAAGAACCCGGAGAGUCUCUGCUCCGCCCAGCAGAGCUGCAGAAGUUGCUUGCUGACUCCUCGAUGCGUUUGGUGCGCUGCCAGGGUGUCCAGUCAGAGCAACAGCAGUUUGAUCCGAUGCACCACCAGAGAAAGAUAUCAGAAAGAAGGCGACCACUGGUGUCCACGAUCGGACGUGAUCAACGACGCGAACCAGGUGACCGUGAUCACAAAUCGGCGGCUGUCUUCGACGAACGGGGCCGGCGUUGUCCAGGUUCAGCCGCAGAAAAUUCAGCUGAAGCUCAGACGAGGCGAGGAACAAAACAUAACGUUGAGUUACAGCCAAGCAGCGAACUAUCCGGUCGACCUGUAUUACAUCAUGGACGUGUCGUGGACCAUGGAACGCUACAGGAACGAAUUGUCCGAACUGGCCGGCCAGCUCGCCAAAGCGAUGCAGAAGCUCACCUCCAAUUUUCGACUGGGAUUCGGUAGUUUCAUCGACAAAGUCACAUUACCCAUGACCAACACGGAACCGUUGAAACUGCAGAAUCCGUGUGAAAAUUGCUCGCCUCCUUACGGCUUCAAGAAUCACAUGCGGCUGUCCGAGGAUAUAGACCUUUUCAAAACCAACGUGAGACGCGCACGUACGUCAGGCAACUUCGACGGACCGGAAGGCGGCUUGGACGCGUUGAUGCAAGCGAUCGUUUGCUCGAAGGAGAUCGGCUGGCGGGAACACGCGCGACGCCUUAUCGUCUUCUCGACGGACUCGCCGUCUCACAUCGCCGGGGACGGUAAACUCGCCGGACUCAUCGAGCCGAACGAUUGCCUCUGCCACAUGGACGACGAAGGAUACUACACGUACUCGGUACUGCAAGAUUACCCGUCUAUAGGCCAAAUCAACAAAGUGGCGCGGAAGCACGACGUUAACAUCAUUUUCGCGGUCACCGAGAACGCCAUGGAGUGGUACAAUCUCAUGAGCAAGAGGAUCACCGGAUCAUCGACUGGAACGCUCGAUAAAGGCUCCAACAACAUAGUGAACCUGAUCAGCGGCGAAUACGAAAAACUGGUGCAGUCGGUGACGCUGAUCGACGACGCGCCGCGAACGGUCGACGUCAAGUAUUUCUCCCGAUGCCUGACGAACGCAACCGAGCUGCAGGAGCGACGCGAGUGCGGCGGAUUGAGAGCGGGGAACGUCGUCCACUUUGACGUAUUGCUGAAGGCGGUCGAGUGCCCGGCGAAUUCCAGCGAGUGGCAGCAAACCGUACAGAUAAAACCGAGCGGCAUAAACGAGAGCCUGACGAUCGACUUGAGCAUCAUAUGCGGCUGUCCCUGCGACCAACCAGGACAUCCGGGCUACCAGCCGGGCUCGGAAGAUUGCAGAGGGAAGGGCACGACGGUCUGCGGCGUGUGCGUCUGCGACGACGGCUUUUACGGGAAGUUCUGCGAAUGCGACGGACACGACUUCGGCGCCGGCAGCGAGGCUGCCAUCGCGGAGUGCAAGCCCGACAACGAAACCGCCGAGAUCUGUAGCGGCCGCGGGGUUUGCAAGUGCAGCGUGUGCAACUGCAUGAAGCGGCCGAACCCGAAGGAGAUCUUCUACGGGAAGUACUGCGAGUGCGAUAAUUUCUCGUGCAAACGUAGCAAAGGGCUGGUUUGCAACGAUAAAGGCAAGUGCGAAUGCGGUACUUGCGAUUGCAUAGCGGGAUGGAGCGGCGAGGCCUGCGACUGCCGAGAGACGAAUAGCACAUGCUUACCACCCAAGAUCGGGGAGAUUUGCAGCGGACACGGGGACUGCGUCUGCGGUAGCUGCCAGUGCCACGAAAAGGACGGCGUUCGAUACUCGGGGAAAUACUGCGACCACUGUCCCACGUGUCCCGCGGAAUACUGCGAGGUGCUGAAGGACUGCGUCGAAUGCAAGGCGUACAACAGCGGGCCUUACAGCCAGAACGGAAAGUGCGACCUGUGUCCUCACCAGAUCGACAUCGUCGACGUGAUCGAGCCGGACUCCGUCAAGGAUCUCGAGAUGGACGCUAAGAUUUGUCACAUGCCCGAUGACGGGGGUUGCAACAUUAUCUUCAAAUACCAACAGAACGACGACGCUUCCAGGGGAGACAUUAAGAUAUUCAACAUUCUCGCUCAGAAGGAGAAGAUGUGUCCCGAACCUCUCAACGUUUUCGGCAUCGCGAUCGGACUGGUCGCGUCCACGGUGUUCUUCGGUUUCCUAGUCAUUGUCAUCUGGAAGGUAUCAACGAUGAUAUACGAUAGGCGAGAAUUCGCGAAAUUCAUACGCGCGCAAGCAGUCGAGAGCAAGGGGGAUAAUCCAUUGUACAAGCAGGCCACGUCCACCUUCCAGAACCCCACGUUCCGCGGGACUGCCAGGGAUUAACCCUUCAACUGUGCUCGAAGAGUUAACUCGUCAUGGAAUCUUGAAAGCGACGCGCGUAGAUUUCAACCCCUUGAACUAUGACUCAUUUCGCGAUCUUCUUUCGCGUGUACGUUUGCUGCAAAGGCUAACGACUGAUAACGGGAAAGUAUUUAAUUUAUCUUCAGAAGGAACAAAUUACAGUUAGAUUUGUGAAAUUCAGUUGAAAAUUCUCGUCACGAGACCGAUGUCAUAGUACAAGGGGUUAACGCGAUACGUAUGUACCGUGGGCGUGACGAGUUAUCUCGUCGCAUUUAGCAAAGCUGCGCGUUUGAAAGAUUCAACUCGAACGGGAGUGAAAUGAAUUCUCUGGAGGAGAAUUUCGUUUCCGAGGUGACUUCCUGGGAAGAAGAAUCCGGCCUCGCAGGAGGAAACGAGACGCGACAGGUAGCGCCGCGGCAAGCCCGCGAAGCGAAGCAACCGGGACGCCAUGUUACUUAAUUGCUGGCCGGCGAGAAGAAGUCCGUUCGACGAAAAGCAUGUUUUUUCUCUCCUCCCUUUAAUCCCGCGUCACGCGAAUCCCGCCUCCCUCCGCGCCCCUCCCGAGAACCGUUCCCGAAAGCGCCUGCCUACGUGGCCCAUUAUUCCGUUACACGGAAAAUCCGCGUCGGCCUCGGUGAAAUACUCCAACGGGCGAUCCGAUCGAGGGAUUCCUUUAGAAGCGAGCGGCAAAUGAACCCUGAACAGUAAAAACUACUUUAGCGUACCGGAAGAUAACGACUCCGCGGCCAGACGUUCAUGGCCCGAGAAAAUAAAACGGGGAUAUUUA